AUGGGCAUCCUUGAUAUUGUUCCCGCUGGUGUGCUGACCGGCGACAACGUUCGCAAAGUCUUCGAUUACGCAAAAGAGCACCAGUUCGCCAUUCCUGCUAUCAACGUGACUUCUACGUCCACCGCGAAUGCGGUUCUGGAGGCGGCUCGUGACAUCAAGUCCCCAAUCAUCAUCCAAGUGUCGCAGGGUGGAAGUGCUUACUUUGCCGGCAAGGGUCUGCCCAAUGACAAACAACAGGCGUCUAUCGUCGGUGCUAUCUCUGCUGCUCACCACGUCCGAUUGGUGUCCAAGGCCUAUGGCGUCCCUGUGAUCAUGCACAGUGAUCAUUGCGCUGAGAAGCUCCUGCCCUGGUUCGACGGUAUGCUCGAGGCCGACGAGGCCUACUUCAAGGAGCACCAAGAACCCCUCUUCUCCUCGCACAUGCUCGACCUCUCGGAGGAGUCCAAGGAGCACAACAUCGCCACCUGCGUCAAGUACUUCAAGCGUAUGGCGCCGAUCGGUCUCUGGUUGGAGAUGGAGAUCGGCAUUACCGGUGGUGAGGAGGACGGUGUCGACAACACGGGUGUCGACAAUGCUGCUCUGUACACCCAGCCCCAAGACGUGUACGACGUGCAUGCCGCCCUCAGCGCGAUUGGUCCCAACUUCAGCAUUGCAGCAGCCUUUGGAAACGUCCAUGGUGUAUACAAGCCUGGCAACGUCAAACUCCAACCCGAACUUCUGCAGAAGCACCAGCUCUACGUCGAGGAGCAGCUUAAGGUCAAGGGCACCAAGCCUCUGUACCUGGUCUUCCACGGUGGAUCCGGCUCCUCAAAAGAGGAGAUCAAGACUGCCGUCGAGAACGGUGUCGUCAAGAUGAACGUCGACACCGAUACCCAAUUCGCCUACCUCGUUGGUAUCCGGGACUUCGUCUUCAAGAAGAAGGAUUACCUCCUGACCCAGGUCGGGAACCCCGAUGGCGCGGACAAGCCUAACAAGAAGUUCUACGACCCCCGUGUAUGGGUGCGUGAGGGCGAGAAGACGCUCGUCGAGCGCGUCAAGGAGGCGUGCAAGGACCUUGGAAAUGUUGGGCGCCUAUGA